AUGUUGAAAAAAAUGGUGCUAUUACUUUUAUCAUUUUAUUUGGUGACUGCCGAUGAAGAUAACUCUGACGAAUGCAUUACACGUGAGCUUACAUCAUCGUACAUAACAGUACCAGCGAAAGUAUCUGGUUGGUCAAGUACGUCUGGCAUUUUGGAUCUUUAUCACUGUAAUAAAUUUCCUCAUCAUGUGAAGCAUAUGUUCAUGGAUGUUUAUGUUCAAAUUAACCUUACUAACGAACAUGCUUAUCAGCUUUACCAGGGUGAGAAUUGUUCAGAAGUGUUGCAACAUUAUCACGACGAUCAGCGUUUUUGGGGAUUAGUACGACGUGUUAAGUUAUUGCGUUACAAGCAGUUAAAUCCAUUUUCUAAAACUGUUAUUGGUGUAAGCACCCGACAUCCGUAUGAAAUCCGAAUACGCGUGUGGAAAAUUAAUUACAUACGUGUGGCUGUAUUUAUUGGUAGUAUAGUCUUGUUUUUGAUGUCAUAUUCACUAGUGAAAAAUGCUAUUUUCUAUUAUACCAGCGGUUGUACGAUUGGUGUUUUGGCAUCACUUUUGAUUGUUGGAUUUGUGGUUUACCGAUUGACUCCAAGGAGUUGGUUGGGAAUUCCAUUGAUGUUCACUGGCUGGUCCGUUUCGUUCUUCUUUAUUUACACCGUUUGGAAAAAUCUUGCUUCUUUAGUUUUAUUAUAUCAGAAAUUUGUGGCAGCAUAUUUCGCUACUGUAAUUUUGGUAUCAUUAGCAGUUUGUUAUCGUUACGGACCACCAACAGACGUCAGAUCUCAUAAUCUUGCUCAAUGGACAUUGCAAUUGAUUGCCUUGCUGCUAAUAUACUCAUCUUGUCAAACAACAGAUAUAGCUGUUGGAGUCAUUACUUUGUUACUGCUAUGGUCGGUCUCAAAGAAUUGGUUAAUUAAUAUAGCAUCCAGAUUCAUAUCUAUCUUCAAAGCAGUUUGGCUUUUUUUAUUUCCUCAAUGUCAACGUUUACUGACAAUGGAAGAAUAUCGACAGCAGGGUGAGGAAGAAACUAGGAAAGCAUUAGAGGAAUUACGUCGAUAUUGUCGAAGUCCGGAAGCUGAUGUUUGGAAAAUUACAUCUUCAGUGAGUGAUCCAAAGAGGUUAGCGAGCUUUGUUGAUGGUAUUUGUGAUCAUGUAAGAGAAGAUGAAUCUCGUCUACAUGAUUUAGAGUGUACAGAUUUUGAUGAUAUUUCCGAUGAUAGUGGAGAAGAUGAAUAUAUUGUUGCGCAGCGUUCUUAUUUGAGCAACAACCAUGAAUCGCCAAGAAAAAGAUAUCAGGUUGGCACAAGCUCUUCAUCUUACCUGCAGUCAGUGAACCAUAGAUUAAAUCCACAACAGCGAAAAAAACUCACUGACCACGAAGAUUUUGAAGAUGAAAAUGAAUUCAGAUAUAAUUGGCAAACUCAUUCUUUACCAUUGGAAAAUUCUGAUAGGAAAUCUCAACAUCAGCGUAAUUUAUGUAAUAACGGACGAAUCACAAAUAACACUUUCCACUCAUUCAGACAUCGAGAAAAUCUCCAAAGAUCAAGUCGAUCACCAUCAGAUAUGGAUUUCGAUGAAGUGGUUCUGAGUUCGUAA